UUUAACCUGGAGAAAAAGAGAUUCUGGGAAGACCUUAUUGCCCUCUAGAACUCCCUACACCAGGAGGGUGUAGCCAGGUGGGGGUCUGACUUUACUUCCACACAAGUGACAGGAUGAGAGGACACAGUCUUAACCUACACCAGGGGAGAUUUAGGAUGGGCACUAGGAAGACUUUUUCGCUGAAAGAGUGACAUUGGAAUGGGCUCUGACCAGGAAGGUGUUGGGAGUCACCGACCCUGGAGAUGCCCAAGGAAAGGCUGGGCGCUGCACUUGGUGCCGUGGUCCAUUUGCUGCGGUGCUGCUCGGUGGUCACGGGCUGGACUCUGGCUGAUCCCAGAGCUCUUUUCCAGCCUCACCGUUCCUGUGAUUCCGCUUCCCUCCCUGGCCGGCCAGUCGUGCCGAGCCGCGGGGAAGCGGCCCGCGGGGACGGCGGAGCCCGUCCCGCCCGAUCCCGUCCCGCCCGAUCCCCGUCCCGCCCGAGCCCGGUCCCGCCCGAGCCCGUCCCGCCGCCGCGGCCGCGCUGCCCCGUGAGGCGGCGGCGCUCGAUGCGCUCGGGGCUCGGCCCGGCGAGGCGCUGCCUGCGGCCCGGCGCUGCCAUGUCCGCCCCGGCCAUGGCGGGCCUGGCGCGGGCCCUGUGGCGGGCGGCGGCUCCCGGGCGGCUCCCCGCGGCCCGCAGGGGCUGGGGGCUGGCGCUGGGGCUGGCUCUGGGCGUUCGGGCGGCGCCGGAGGGAGGCGAGGCUGAGAGCGGGCGGGAGGAGAAGCCGCCGUCGCCGCGGGGCUUCGGCGCGGCCGUGGAGAGGAGCCGGGACCUGGUGCGGAGGAUCAAGGAUGAAGCAGGAAUCCCUGGUAUAUUAGUUGGAGUUUCUGUAGAUGGAAAGGAAGUCUGGUCAGAAGGUUUGGGCUAUGCUGACGUGGAGAACCGCGUGGUGUGCAAGCCAGAGACCAUCAUGCGCAUCGCCAGCAUCAGCAAGUGCCUCACAAUGAUGGCUGUUGCCAAACUCUGGGAAGAGGGGAAGCUGGAUUUAGAUGCUCCAGUGCAGAAAUAUGUCCCUGAAUUUCCAGAAAAAGUCUACGAGGGUGAAAAGGUCACUAUUACCACAAGACAGUUAGUUUCACACUUGAGUGGGAUUCGUCACUAUGAAAAAGAUAUUACAAAAGUAAAAGAAGAAAAGGAAAAGGCAAACAGAGCACUUAAGCUAACCAAAUCCCAUCAGGAUAAAGAACAAAAAGCAAAAGAAGGUAAAGGGACUGAAAACACUGAUUGUGGCAAACAGAAGAAAGAACAUGAUAGUGAGACAAAGAGCCGAAGUUCAAAGCCUGGCAGGAACGACAAGGAGUUUGACCAGGAAGAGUAUUAUUUGAAGGAAAAAUUUGAAAGUGUGAUUGAGUCACUGAAGAUAUUUAAAAAUGAUCCCUUAUUCUUUAAACCAGGCAGUCAGUUCUUGUACUCAACGUAUGGCUUUACUCUCUUAAGUGCUGUGGUGGAGAGAGCUUCAGGACAAAAAUUUACAGAUUAUAUGCUGAAAAUGUUUCGAGAUUUGGAUAUGCUGUCAACUGUCCUAGAUGACAAUGAAGCAAUGAUAUAUAACAGAGCAAGGUGUUACAUUUACAACAAAAAGGGACGGCUGGUAAACGCACCCUAUGUGGACAACUCUUACAAGUGGGCUGGUGGUGGCUUCCUGUCAUCAGUAGGUGAUCUCCUGAAAUUUGGAAAUGCCUUGUUGUACAGUUACCAAGCCGGACAAUUUAAAAACAAGAACACCAAACUUCUUCCAGGGUACCUCAAGCCAAGCACAGUGGCAAUGAUGUGGACUCCAGUGCCAAAAACAGAAGUGUCAUGGGACAGGGAUGGUAAAUACGCCAUGGCUUGGGCUGUGGUAGAGAAAAACCAACAGUGUGGCUGCUGCAGGCAGCAGAGGCACUAUGCAUCUCACACCGGGGGCGCCGUGGGGGCCAGCAGUGUCCUCCUCAUCCUGCCUGAAGAGCUGGAGCCUGAAGCUGUGGGUGCUUGGCCAGUGGCACCCCCCAGAGGUGUCAUUGUCUCCAUUAUCUGUAACAUGCAGUCGGUGUCGCUCAACAGCACCGCCUUAAAGAUCGCAAGGGAAUUCGACAAAGAGAAACGGCAACAGUCUGUGGGCUGAGAGAGAUGGGAGGCACUGAACCCACUGGGCUGACAAACAAAGGGACAAGGGUGUAACUGCACUUCAAGUUCACUAAGAAUAUGGGAAGAAAAAGCAUAAAUAAUUCACUUAAUCUCUGCUAGUGGUGCUAAACUUACGUCUAACUGGAAUUCAUCUCUCAGGGAAGUUCCUAAGUUACAGAAAAUGAGAAUGUAACAGUCUAAGGUGACUUUCUGUAGCACCUGUAAAUGAUCAUUAUAGUUAGCAGGUUAUUUUUACCAACUAGUGAAACACUUGACCAAGAUAAAAAAAUAGCCUUUUUUCUUUGCACUAAGUGCAAAUUAUCUACCUUGAAUGUUAAACUUUUGAAAAAUUUCACAUCUUGAUUUUAGCACACCAAUAUGUUGCUUGUAUUCUCACAGAGAAUAACAUUCUCUGUUAUUCUCACAGAUAUAUGGAUAUAUGAUAUCCAUAUAUCCUUUGUCUUAUUUUUUUCUCUUUUUCCAUUACAUUAUUUUUUUACUUUAGGAAAGACUGUGGUGAUAAACCAGUCUGCUACAAAUAUUCAGUAUUACUUUUUAAACAAAAAUUGUGUCACCAUUGCUUUUUGUUUUCACAUACCACUUCCCUUACUUGCUUAAAAAAUCAACAAAAUCCAAACCUUGAAGCUACCUCCAGAAUGCAGAUUUAUACCCAGAAGCAGGCUUUUAUCAGAGCUGUGGAUUAAGAACUAGAAAAGAAUGAAUCUAGACCAAUGUAAAGUAAAUUCAAAUGUAAAGUAAAAUUCUUUUCAUUUUUUA